AAGAAGUACACUGAUGACCACGAGUGGAUUUCCAUCGAAGGUGACGUUGGUACCAUCGGUAUCACUGAUUAUGCUCAAAAGGCCUUGGGUGAUGUUGUCUUCGUCGAAACUCCCGCUGUCGGCGAUGCUGUUGAAAAGAAAGAUCAAAUUGGUGCUGUUGAGUCCGUCAAAGCUGCCAGCGAUAUCUACACGCCUAUCACUGGCGAGGUUGUCAAUGUCAACGAGGCUUUGGCCGACGAACCCUCCUUGAUCAACACCAGCCCUGAAGAAGAUGGCUGGUUGGCCAAGAUCAAGUUGUCGAACCCUGAAGAACUCGAGGGUCUCAUGGACGAGAAAGCUUAUGCUGAUCUCUGUGCUGCUGAAGAAGACCACUAA